ACCACCAGACAAAAACAAUUUUCAAGGGCUUUCAAUCAGCCCUCCCUCCUUCUUCCCCCUAUGUCACUCUCAAUAAUUAAUCGCUUUUAAUUUCUUCUUGUUCUUUCUAAUAAAUAUAAUAAAAAUAUAAAAAAAUACAUUUUUUUUAGAUCUUUUUUUCAGUCGAUUAUUAUCAGAGUAUGGGUUGUGCUGGAUCAACACGUGCCAAAGGCGAUGAACCUAUUAAGAAAAUAACUAAACCAAAACCAUGGAAGCACUCUGAACCAAUUACCGGGGAGCAGCUUAAGCGAAUGCGUGAUGAGUUCUGGGAUACCGCUCCACAUUAUGGUGGCCGAAAAGAAAUAUGGGAUGCACUUCAAGCUGCUGCAGAAGCUGAUCUAACUCUAGCACAGGCAAUAGUAGAUAGUGCUGGUGUCAUUGUUCAAAAAGCUGAUUUGACAGUCUGUUAUGAUGAAAGAGGUGCAAAAUAUGAGUUACCAAAGUAUGUUUUAAGUGCUCCCACAAAUUUGAUCCGUGACAGUUGAGAAAUGGAGACUGCAGACUUGUUUUUUUCUAGCAUAAAGAUGGUAAAUCUUUGUAUAUGUUUUAGUCCAUGUUUUUAAUGUGUUUUAUGUUGAAAAUAUAAACCUUGCUUUGAUCUUUUUUUUUUCUUGAAUCUAACAUCUAUUUCCAUGAUCUCAACUAUAAAUUUCACUA